GGAGCCGCCGCCGCGCAGCGAGGCCGGCCGCCGGGCACUUCCUGUGGAGGCCGCAGCGGGCGCGAGCGCCGAACCCUGAAGAGCAGCCAGCCGAGCCUGCCGCCGCUAUGGGCCAGAACGACCUGAUGGGCACGGCCGAGGACUUCGCCGACCAGAAUCUUGGAAUUGGAACACAGGGUUGACCACUACCAAGUUGCUGAGGGGGAGGCCAGACCUGCUCAGGCUCCUGGACUUGCCAGUGGCCACAACCCAGGAAGAAAACUUGGAUCUCUGACCCCUUGGCUAGUGCCCUAGCACUCCCCUUCUGGCACAUGUCAAGGGGAAGACACUAGUGUUGGUAGAAGGGCUUGCUGCUUAGAAAACGAAAAAGCAUAAGGGCUCCUGCCUUCAGUAAUCAGCUCUGGAGGAAGCCAGGCUCUGGAGAAAGUGCUGAGACGUGCUCCGUGCAGGAGCUGGGCAUUCAGAAGGCAGCUACUGGAGGCCAGGCCCUGUCUCAGUCAGGUAUGAUUUGUUCCUAAACCUCCUUCAGUCCUCUCAGAUGAUUGCCUUCCUCAUUUCUUACAUCAUUUGGAUGUUUUGCUGCCUGUGAACCACAUCCUGCAUGGUUGUGAGAUUCAUGAGAAGCCUGCUGUCAAGGUAGGCUGACUGUCAUCUCCUCCCACAAGCCAUCCCAGCCAGUGUCCACCACUAGCUCCUGUCCAGGUUCUGUAAUGAGGGCCAUAGUCACAGGUAUUCCAUGCUCCUAUUCAUUGUCAGCCUGGGUUGUCCCGAUGUGCAGGACACUGGCAGUUGCUUGAUCCCCUGCAAUGUGGCUGUUCUCUAUCCUACUGUGCCCCUGUCCUGCCUGAGUUGGGGAUUGUCUGCUACGUUGAGGGGACAUGGGCUCUGGGAUGGUUUCUAGAGUGCGAUCAUGUGGACCUGGGGCCAAGUCUAAACGGUUGUGAUCAACAUGGCUGUGAAAUGAGGUUUGACCUUGUCGUUAAACUUGGCGUUUUCUCAGUAUUCAAACAGGUGCUCAUCAGAGGAAGGUUGAUUCACAGGCACCUUGUGGCCGCUUGACUUUUAGAAUAGGCAGACCAUGCUUGCCUUUGAAAUCAGAACUGCCAAGCAGCAGACAGUGCUUAGUUCAGUGAGCAAGACCUGCAGUUCUGCACUUUUCUCCCCAAAGCAAAUCACUGGGUCUGUCUGUCAGCUAUGCUGGUGUGGAAAGGAGGCAUGACUUGCCCCUCCCUCCCUCCAUCACUGUCUUUUGCUCUUUAAUUCUUUUGAUCCAGACACUCCAAUUAAGAGUAGCAGACUCAUCAGGAGCCCUUAAACCAGGCCUCAAAUGAGUAUGCUCUAUGAGGGUCCUUGAGCCAAGGGUGGAUCAGACAGCAGUAGGGAGGGCUAGGCUGGUUGGCUCACCUGUGGCGGGCACAUCCCCAGUAUAAUCAUGUCAGUGAGUGGCUUACUGCUCUCAUUUGGAAACAAGUCAGAACACCUCUGGUGUCUGCCUCCUGCUGUCUUGGGGUCUACCCCUGGAGGCUUUGCUGCAGUCUGUCCCGCAUCCUGGUGGAUGGUUUUCCCCAAGUGUAGACAAGUUGUAGAACCAUGUCAUUAUCGGGUAUGCUCAGUGGGGCCGUCACAUGAGGUCGUUCCUCGGAGCAGUGCCGAGUCAGGAGUCAUGGUAACGUUCUUUAUCUCUUCCACAGAAUGUGGGUGACUACAGCGUUGCUGGGUGCUCUGAGAGCAUUGCAGCUCGGAGGCGGAAACUGGGAGGUGGAUGUGGUGGCAGCUGUCCCACGACGUCUGAUGGGCACAGAGCAUCUAUUUUCUACACAGGCCCUGAAACUCAGCAAGGCAUAUUGGGGACCUCUUUUUUUUUUUAUUUAUUUUGAGGUGGGGUUCCACUGUUGCUCAGGCUGGUCUUGAACUGUGAGCCAAGCAAUCCUCCCACUUCAGCCUCCUAAGCAAGCUGGGUCCACAGUGGGAUCAAAGGCUGAGUAAGCACUUAUAGAUCAAUACUGGCUCAGGCUUAGUCAUUCUGAAGAGCACGGCCACUGGUACUGUGACCUCUCCUGCUUCUGGUCCCACUUGGAGCCUGCCUGUGCUGUCUGCCAAGCCGGGGUGCCCCUUCAUGUGCUGAAGACUGAUCUGCACACCCAGCUCAGCUUUGAAGGGCAGGAAGAGAAAAGUGUGUGGAGUACACCACGGCAUUUGCACCUGGCUUCAACAAGUUCCUGCGAGUCACCAAGCAGUACCUCCCUCAUGUGGCACGCCUCUGCCUGAUCAGCACCUUCCUGGAGGAUGGGAUCCGCAUGUGGUUCCAGUGGAGUGAGCAGCGUGACUACAUUGACACCACCUGGAGCUGUGGCUACCUGCUGGCUUCGUCCUUCGUGUUCCUCAACUUGCUUGGACAGUUGACUGGCUGUGUUCUGGUGUUGAGCAGGAACUUCGUGCAGUACGCCUGCUUUGGGCUCUUUGGAAUCAUAGCACUACAGACAAUUGCCUACAGCAUUUUGUGGGACUUGAAGUUUUUGAUGAGGAACCUGGCCCUGGGAGGCGGCCUGCUGCUGCUCUUAGCGGAGUCCCGUUCGGAAGGGAAGAGUAUGUUCGCGGGUGUCCCCACCAUGCGCGAGAGCUCCCCCAAGCAGUACAUGCAGCUCGGAGGCAGAGUGUUGCUGGUCUUGAUGUUCAUGACCCUUCUUCACUUUGACGCCAGCUUCUUUUCUAUCGUCCAGAACAUUGUGGGCACAGCUCUGAUGAUCUUAGUGGCCAUUGGUUUUAAGACCAAACUGGCAGCUUUGACUCUUGUCGUCUGGCUGUUUGCCAUCAACGUGUAUUUCAACGCCUUCUGGACCAUUCCAGUCUAUAAGCCCAUGCAUGACUUCCUGAAAUACGACUUCUUCCAAACCAUGUCAGUGAUUGGAGGCCUGCUCCUGGUGGUAGCUCUGGGCCCAGGGGGCGUCUCCAUGGAUGAAAAGAAGAAAGAGUGGUAACAGACAGCUCCCUGCCCUACCUGGCCAAGGCCCACAGCCAUGGAGGACUGGUUCAGGGUAAAGUCCCAACCAACUGCCAGCAUUUAUGUAUCCUCUUCCCUUUCCCUCCCUUGGUAAAGGCACCGAUGUUUUGAGAACUUUAUGUGCAGACACCUGAAAAUUGUUGGGGAAUUCUGCUCUGGAACCACAGUUUGGAAGCUGACCAACCAGGGCUGGCUGGCUGGCUAGCUGCCUCCAGGCCAGGGCUUGGAGUGAGCAGCUUGGUGGGCUGUGGCCUCUUGGUCCUGGCUUUGAGUUCUUUUUGGGGGGUGGGGGGAUGAGGGCCUUCAGCUGUACUGUGAGCAGACACAUUUGUGCAUCAUUCAAAGCAAUCUUCCCCCUUUUUUUUUUUUUUUAAAGUUUACAUUCUUAGCUCAAACUACUAAAUGAUCCUGGAUGGUCCAAACAUCAAACACUGUUAAACUUUGGUUUAAAGUGGUACAGUGGCUUCAACAUUGUUUCUGCCCCUGCAUUAUUACUGCUUAAGAUCACUGAAGACAUGUAGAGAAAACCCCAAAUCUAGAAAAUGAUGUGGUAUUGGAGGGGCAGCCACAGCUGCUGGUGGUGGUGGAAGCCACUGACAUUAACUACAGUGUUUAUUGGGUAGGAGAUACCCUGGGAGCUUCAUGGCUCAAGAGAGGGACCGAUGGGCUGAAGUCCUUGAGGAAAGCUACUGGUCUGGGCCCUGCUGUUCCUUGAGCCUGGCAGUGGGGAAAGAGUUGGCGAGGAAGUGGCACAAAGGAUGAACAGUCCCUUUCUGGAACCUGUCUGGGGCAGGGGAAAUGGCAACAUGGGGCCUAGCAGUGACAGCAGUCCCAGCAGUCAAGACCCAUGGGCCAUAUACUCAGUCACCUCAUGUUCAGAACAAGACCUGGACGCCACAGGCUGCGCUCCAUCCCAGCUUAGCAGCAACCCCUUGUUCCAGGCUGCACUUAGCCUGUAGGCAGCCCCAAAUCAUUUUCCUGAGGCUGUGGCUUGCUCAGAUUUUGUCAAUUUGCUAUGCUGAUCGCAGCCAAGAUCACUUUUUACAAUUUGUGAUGCCUUACCAAUUUGAUCUUGAUCCUGUAUUUAAAGUUUUCUAACAUUGCCUUAUACUGUGUUUCUUUUUUUUUUUUUGAGGGGGCGGGAGGGGGAGGGGGUCUGAGGCUGCAGUUCCGUUCAUAUGCAUGGUAGUGAAUGCAAUGAGAGUAAUCAAAUCUCUCUGGGCUUCCCAUGGACCCUGUGUGGGAACAGACUGACAGGUGCACAACCCUUGAGGGGAAGGUGGCAGUUCACCCACUGUCCUCUCAUGUCAGCUGGGUAUGCAGGUCAGUAUCUAGGCUGCAGUGGGCUGAUCCUGCCUUCCCCUAACCCCAGUGGCUCUACAUCCCAGACCCACAUAUGCCAGGUGGGUGAUACAGGCCCUUCCAACACCCUACCUGUUUACCACUGGCAGCCUUUCAUCCUGCUCCCCACCCCCACUUAAGACUUGGCAGCAACUUUGGCCACAAGGCACAUCUGCACUCAGCAUGCAGGGCUGCUCCGUUAAUACAGCGAUAGCCCUGGCACGUGACGCCCCACAAGAUUUGUGGAGGGGGCUUACUCUGAGGCAAGUGUAGUCUACACCAGCCAUGCAGCAGCAACUUCAUCCAGUGCCCCUCUGCCAGUUCUCAGCUGUCUGGGGUGAGGGAGGAAAAAUAAACUAUCACGCAUUGGUUUGGAAAACAACUGAAAAUGCUUUUUGCUUUAUGUGGGGAUAGGUAUAAAUUUCAUUUUUAUGCUGUAUUUUAUAUCUUAGUUGUGUCUGAAAAAUGUUUUGAUUUUUGGUAACAUCAAAAUAAAAAAUGGCAUUUGUGG